UCAUUCGAUCCUCGGUAGAUCCUUCACCUAUUCAAGCACUCGACCGAAAUUAUCUUCAGAUUAGAUUUAGUAAUAUUACGAACGAAGAAAAAAGAUUAUUAAGAGAAAGUAUGCAAUUUUGGAGAGAGGAACAAAAAAAGAGAGAAUUUCAACGAGAAAGAGGGAAAGAGAAAAAGAGAAAGAGAACUCUAACGUCAGCAACGAGCAACUUUAUCCUUAUCGCAUUGGAGACUAAGGAGAUAAGGAAAGUGGCUGGUCAGACGAGAACGAACAGUACGAUGUUUCUUUUCAUAAAUCGUGUAGUCUCGUCGUCUGCUCUUUUUAGAGUUGGUCGAUAGUUAUUUUACGUGUUUUGUCAACCUAUCAAAAGUGACUCUAAUGAAAAUUCUUUAUCUCUUUUGGCAUAGUAAAAGAAACAUAAUAAUAAUAAUUUGAAUCGCUGAAUCAUCGUGUUCUCGCUAAUGUCAUCGAUCGAGUGAUUCGUGUAGACGUAAUGGAUAACGCAUAAUCGGUGAUAAAAAUAAAAGACAAAAAAUAAAGUAAAAGAAGAAAAGGAUAUACGCGUUCAAGGUGUUAUAACAAAAUUACAAAGUGUAGAUAGAUAUACUAUCAUUUAGUGAUAAUCAAUUUUCUCGCGGAUCAUGUAACAAGAGUCUUUUUUUUUUUUUACUAACGUCUCAAUGAAUACACCUACACGUAACGCACACACAUGUUAUUUACGCGUAUAUAUCAUGGAUGAUAUCGACUAGAACUUGUUAAAUGAUUCCACGAACAUACCUUGGAGAGUGUAUUAGAAAAAUGUACGUUCCAUUGGACGUGAUACCGCUACAUCAUCUUCCGUAUCGUCGCCGUUACUAAUUAAUUCUAGCCAAUUAACACCAGGAAAGCUUGGCAAGCUACUUGAACGUCUCCCCCGGAGUCACGACGACCUUGCUCGUAAAUUAUUUAAUUUCUUUUAACUUUGAACGUUGCAACGCGGGAGAAGAAGGAGCAUCUUCCUUCCCUUUUUACGUUUCUUCGAUCGCAGUAAAAUUGUCGAAUCUAUUCGCUUCCUCAAAUACAUAAACUAGAACAUAUUUGCAAGUAUAUAUAAUACAUGGAUAUAGUAGUAUCCGGAGAAUCUAAGCUUCUUCUUUUCUUCCUUUCUCUUUCGCUUUCGCCUUUGCCUUUGCCUUUGCCUUUGCCUUUGCCUUUGCCUUUGCCUUUUUCUACGUGCAUAAAAUCACGUUUCUAAACGUAUCUUCAUAUACUUGCAAAUUUUUCUUAUUUCCUUGACAUAAACGAUAACAAGCACCGGGCGGGAUGAGUUAAGAUUAGAGAAUAUUGGAAGCGUAAAGUUUAUCGACGAUCCAUGAAACUAUCGAACCCGUCGAUCUUACCCUUGGGAAAUCGUGCAGCACGAAUUGGCCAUGGAACAACUACAACGGUCAACAACCAUUGGCGGCUCGUUUCUAUUGCAUUUAUUUACUAAACAUCCAAACUAACGGAAAAGAAAAGAUGAUACGCGCCGCGUUAACGUUUCGCUAAAUUUCUUAUCGAUCUUGUUACGUGUUUUGAAAAAAAAAAAAAAAAAAAAAAAACAGGGUCAAAGUCGAAAAGAAAAGACAAGCAAAUUUUCUCUACUUUAGAUAACAAUUGAAUUACAACCAAAUAUCUUAUACGAAAAGUUGAACUAUUUAUGUGAAGUGUUUGUGAUAGAUUUAAAGGGAGAGAAAAAGAAAAGCAAAUUGCAUCAAGGAUGUCGUGCAGAAAGAAAAUCGAUUCGAAGCUUUGGCUCGAUUACACGCAGGCGUAUUGUUCACCAACUAGCUAUUCGUGCAUCGUGAUAACAGUUAUCUACUACAAAUUCCAUAUUAAGAGACUGGGAUCUUACAAGUAACGAGUUUCUAAGAUGGAAACCGAAGUUCGUACCUUAAAAGAAGAGUUAGCUCAUACUCAAGAAACAUUAAAAGCUGCGACGAAAAGAUGUCGAGAUUUGGUGAGAGAAUUGGACAAUCGUACCGCGAGUUACGAAUCGGAAAGGACCUUAAGGGAUCAACAGUUGUCACGGAUUCUCCGUGCUCUAUUGAUCUUGGAAGCUCGAUUAAAGCAAGAACAAAAGUCGAUUAGACAGGUAUUAUGUGAAAAGGACAACGUUAUUAGGAAUCAACAGUUGGAGAUCGCUAGGUUAAGACGUUACACCAAAAAUUAUAUCAAAUCUAAACGUGAGCAGAUAUUAGGAAGACCAACGGCUAUUAAGGUCAACUUUGGUCCUAACGUUGAUAAGAGUUCUUCGCUGGAGAAGACUGAAAAACUCGAGAAUGAAAUCGAUUCGAGACAGGACGACGAUGAUCUCAGCAAAGAGAUCGAGAAUCUCAAGUGUGAAAUCAUCACGAAGCUCGAUUCUUCCGAGGUAUUACCAGUCGCUUUGGAAAACUUGGAUCGUGGGAUCAAGAAGACUUAUAGUUUUACGGGUAGCGACGUCUCCAAGACAAGUUUAACGAGUAGCGAAAAUACCGAUGCAUCUAUCGUUACUACCACUACAGAAGGUAGCCCUUCGUUGAUCAGUACGGAAGGUUUUUGCGAGGGGGAGAGUACGGAUGUAUCUCCAGGUUCGACUUUGAACAAGUCGAAUAGGUGUACACCAACAACGGUAACGGAUAGUGAAAAUGAGACUACUAUGAUAUUCGAUGAGGAUAACAACGAGUUGGAGGAUGAUAAGGUAGAAGAUGAGGAUGACGAAUAUAACGAAAAUAUCAGUGACGACAACGAAGGAGAAACGUUGAUGGUCGGUGACGUUGUCUUUAAUUCGACGAAGAAGAAAGCUUCAAUGGGUAGAUCGAAAUCGCUAAAAAGUUCGAUUAAGGGCUCGUUAGUGUGUACAAAUAUAAUAAGAACGGAAAGUAAGGACGAUGGUAUGGAUUGCAAUUUUGUUUCGGAGGAUGAAGAAAAGGAACAGGAACCGAUAUACGUUAAUUCGUGCAAUGAGAAUAAUGUGAAAAAUUUGGAACAUUCGAAUGGGAUAGUCGUUCCCGAAACUUGUCAGGAUUAUACUAAUAACAAUAACGAUACUUCUUCGAUCGAAGUCGAGACGACAACGGAUGAACAGAAUACAGAAGAGACCAGUGGCAAUUGGUAUAGCGAUCCUGACGAAGAUAAAAAUAACGACGACGUUUUUAGGCAUACUUCUUAUCAGCCAAACAGUAAUCAUAAUUCCGUCCUCGAAUGUGUCAAUCAAAUUCUUUUGAGGGAUAUGGAAGACGAAGAUCGCGUUCUUUCGGUACCAAGGAGAUUUAAACACCGAGGUAGGACAGUGAGAUUUCAACCAGCCAGAUUGUCUGAUAUCGAGUCGGUUGGUUCGGAAAUGGAAAGGAAAAAUUCUGAAGAAGGAUUGAUGGAAAAGGAGACUCUCAGUGGUGAUUUCAGUGAUCAAAGAUCGAUGAACAUUGGCAGUUUCGAAGCAACAACUUCUGAGGACGAAUAUGGCAUGAGAAUAGCUCAUCCUGUUGAUCCUAACGAAGUAGUCGGCUCUACCGUAGAAUCUGUUCUCGUGAAUGAUUCUGAAGAAGCAAAAGUUAUACCGAUCGUAAUUAUAGAACCAAAGGUCGAGCCAGAGGAAGUUACAAAUCCAAACCUUGUCUCCUCGACGCAAAAACCAAAAAUACCGAUUCAAUCGGUGAGCCCACCUCUUAGAAUGGAAAGAAUCGAAGAGAAAACUUGUUUGCAGAUGUCGACGAAACGUUUGACCAUAGCUAAAAAUCUUGACUACGAGGACAUUGAAUCGUUGCCAGAAGUUAUGUUGCCAUCGCCUAAAACUCCACCGGCGUUACCGCCUAAGCCACAAUUUCGAAAUAAUACUUUGAUAUUGAAGAAAAUACCUAGCCCGUCCUUUCUGAUAGACGAAACUAGAAAAAAAUUGUCAGAGGUCAGUUCCGCUGGACACGGCAAGAAGAUAUUUGCUCUUAUCGGUUCGCCGAUCGAAUCUUCAUCGAUCGCCAAGUCGUCUAUUAAAAAUUUAAACUUCGACGAGGCGUCUACGAAAAAUGUGGGAAACAACGAGGAUGGUAAUUUUUGGAAAAAUAGAUUCAACAACGUUAGAUCGUCCUUUCAAGCUCGUCAUUCAAACGAGAAGAAUGUAGUCCAUCGAUCGCGUAAAAUUCCAAGGGUUACGAAUAUAGUGCGACACUUUGAGGAAUUUAAAAUUGGCGGAGAAAAUGAGGAACGAUCUAAGGAACGUAGUAAGCCUAAGGAGAGAUACGUUCGCGCGGAAUUCGGCCAAGAAUUCGACAUAAGGCAAAACUUUGAAGAAUUUAACCUCGACGAAUGCGAUCUUUCGGAUGAUCCAAAUCGGCCGGAAGCCGAUGGAUCCGAACGGCUUGGUAAUAAUCAUCUCGUAGUUGCUGUUAGUCCAAAUGAAACUAAUAAUUCACUGACCAAAGACAAUAAUAAUCAUGUUACGACUGCUAGCAAUAAUGCGAAUACUGGUUACGAUAAUUUCUUGGAGGCAACGGGUCUGAGCAACAAAUCCAUAUUAACACCCUCGAGAUUAUUAAGCAAUCAUAAGAGUAUGCUCAAACCUAAGGACGUUAAAUAUAAGAAUAAGAUCAAAGCAACGGCAAUUUUAGAAAAACACAAUGCCUCAACAUCCAAUACGACAGCAACGACGCACGUAAGACAUUGGACCGGUCCGUUCGUCUGAUGAUAAAUUAAACGCUUUUUUCAAAGCCAUACUAUUCACAGCUAACAUAACAUUAAAAUAUCUUAAAUUAUUGUAGAUUUUUGAAAUAUCGAGUCCGCAUUGCAAAGCUAUUAAAUAUGCUUGCAAAUUUGUUUGUGUAUAUGUGUGUAUAACUAAUAUUCUCGAUAUGUUCCGUUCGUUGUUAAAUGAUUUUUAGAAAUGUUUAAUGGAUUAUCUACUAUUAUUAAAAUAUACCCUAUGGUAUUCUGUAUAAUUGUAAACAACAAUUCUAGUUACUUUUAUAUUAUAAUAGUUCAAUUGAAAGAGAAGUAUUUAUAUGUGUAUGCUAAAACAUCUC